CAGAUGGGCACGGAGGGGUCGCGGCGCGAGGCGCUGACGGUGGUGCUGCUGUGCGGCGCGUGGUACGCCGCCAGCUCGGCCAGCAACGUGGUGGGCAAGCUGGUGCUGACGGACUUCCCGUUCCCGGUGACGGUGACCAUGGUGCAGCUGCUGAGCGUGGUGCUGCUGAGCGCGCCGGCGCUGGCCGCGUGCGGCGUACGGCGCCAGACGGACUUCCCGCGCCGCUACUACUGGCGCACGCUGGUGCCGCUCGCUUUCGCCAAGUUCCUCACCACCAUAUGCUCACAGGUGUCUAUUUGGAAGGUGCCCAUCUCCUACGCGCACACAGUGAAAGCAACGACGCCGUUGUGGACGGCGGGGCUGGCGCGGCUGCUGUUCGGCGAGCGAGUGCCGCGCGGCGUGCCGCUGGCGCUGGUGCUGAUCGCGCUGGGCGUGGGCGUGGCGUCGGCCACGGAGCUGCAGUUCGACGCGCUGGGGCUGGGCGCGGCGCUGGCGGCGGCGGCGCUGCUCAGCCUGCAGCACCUGUUCUCCAAGCGCGUGAUGCGCGACACGGGCGUGCACCACCUGCGCCUGCUGCAGGUGCUGGGCCGCCUGGCGCUGCUGCUGUUCACGCCGCUGUGGGCGUGGGCGGACGGGCCGGCGCUGCUGGCGGGCGCGGCGCCGCGCGCGGGCUGGGCGGCGGGCGGCGCGCUGCUGGCGGCGGACGGGGUGCUGGCGUGGCUGCAGGCGGUGGCGGCGUUCAGCGUGCUGUCGCGCGUGACGCCGCUGGCGUACGCCGUGGCGUCGGCCGCCAAGCGCGCGGCCGUGGUGGGCGCGUCGCUGCUGCUGCUGCGCAACCCCGCGCCGCCGCUGAACCUGCUGGGCAUGGCGCUGGCGGCGCUGGGGGUGCUGGCCUACAACCGCGCCAAGCUGCAAGCGCGCCGAGCGCCCACGCUGCCUGUCUGACUUUAGUUUGCUCAUUUCAAAUGAAAAACAAUAAAACAACAAGGAUAUUUUUGUAUUGAAGUGUCAUUGAUGCAUAAUGCAGGUUUUUUUUCUAAUAAUAGUGAAGACUGUUAUUUCGUUUGUUCGUAUAAAAACCUGGUUUAGUUAAUAUUUCCAAGAAGUACUUCUGUGGAUAAAAGGAAAGGAACCUCACUAGUUUACAAGAUAACAUCGAUCAAUCUGAACUGGACCUUAUAUGUAUUACCUACGUGGAAAAAACAGUAUUGUUACUAGCAUGUGGCUUAGUCGACUUGUUUUAUGAGAUUUAUUAACAAAUGUAUAUAUUUUAUUAAUAUGUAUACAAUAUACAAAGACUUUUA